CAAGGUGGAAGCCACUGGAAACCACCCCUUCCAUGGAACAGCCGAUGAAUCCAAAGCCCUUCACUGAGGUAGAAGCUGGAUCUUAUCACAAAUGGCUGCCUUCUGAAUACCCUUUGCUUGCUCAGAACAAAGUCGCCGCCGGCCGCCUUCUCCUCCGCCCUCGCGGCUUCGUGGUCCCCCACUACGCCGAUUGUUCUAAAGUGGGUUAUGUUCUUCAAGGGGAGAAUGGAGUUGCCGGGUUGGUGUUUCCGAGCAAGUCCGAUGAGGUGGUGGUGAACUUGAAGAAAGGAGAUUUGAUUCCAGUGCCGAACGGAGUCUCGUCGUGGUGGUUCAACGACGGUGACUCCGAUUUGGAAAUCAUUUUUUUGGGUGAAUCAAAAAACGCUCAUGUUCCUGGUGACAUCUCUUACUUUGUUCUCUCCGGACCUCUCAGCCUCCUGCAUGGCUUCUCGCCGGAGUACGUCGGAAAAACCUAUUCUCUAAACGGAGAAGAAACAACCCAAUUUCUCAAAAGUCAAUCCAACGCUCUGAUUUUCUCAAUUCAGCAAACUCAAUCCCUUCCCAAGCCAUCCAAAUACAGUAAAUUUGUUUACAACAUUGACGCCGCCGCGCCGGACGGUAGAGUCAAGGGCGGCGCCGGCGCUGUCACGACGGUGACGGAAUCAAAAUUUCCGUUCAUUGGUCAAUCUGGGUUGACGGCAAUUCUCGAAAAGCUCAACGCCAACGCCGUCCGUUCGCCGGUGUACGUCGCGGAGCCGUACGAUCAACUGAUCUACGUGGCUAAAGGACGUGGGAAAAUCCAGAUCGUUGGAUCUUCGAGUAAAAUUGAUGCAGAGGUGAAAAUGGGUCAGCUGAUUUUAGUCCCCAAAUUCUUCGCCGUCGGAAAAAUCGCCGGAGAAGAUGGCUUGGAGUGCAUCUCCAUUAUCACAGCAACACACCCUGUGGUGGAAGAACUGGCCGGAAAGACGUCGGUGUUGGAGGCAUUGUCACCGGAGAUUUUUCAAGUUUCGUUCAAUGUCACGGCGGAGUUCGAGAAGCUUCUUAGAUCGAAGAUCACAAACGCUUCACCGGUGAUCGGAUCUUCCGAUUGAAGACUGAAUUAUUAAUAUUAGAAUAUAAUAUUUGAAUGUUUGGGUAUUAUUAUUAUUAUUGGUUUUUACGCUAUUAAAUUUGAUCCCCAAUCCCUAUGAUAGUGAUGUGGGGGCUUUCUGGUCA